AUGGUUUAUAGCACACUGCUCUUUGGAGCCUUGGCCCUCUAUCUAGUAUGGACUGGGGCAAGCUGGAUUCGACAAAUUCGCCGAGCCACUGCGACCAGCCUGCGGUGGACAAUCUUUCCCUAUGCUGAGCUGAGUACCUUUUGGAUGACACUUUGCUCCUUCGAUUCUGUGCUUCAUAUCAUCAACCUCUGGCUUCCUGCUUGGUUGACAGACGUCGUCAACGACAAUGUCAUGACUCAUCAUUUCUGGGUCAAGGAUCGCCGUACAAAACAACUUGGCAAGCUCUACGUGGUAGCGACUCCAGAUAAUCUGUGCUGCCAUGUUGCAGAUGCGGCGGUGGUCUCCCAAAUAUGUAGCUCCCGGUCCGGCUUUCCGAAGCCGUUAGAGAUUUAUGGAUCAAUGAUGCUGUAUGGACCUAAUGUGGUUGCUACUGAAGGGAAAGAAUGGACUCGCCAUCGGCGACAUACGAUUGCUGCCUUUGGUGAAAAGACCAUCACGACUGUUUGGCAGGAGACCGUUCGACAGACGACGCAAAUGUUAGACCACUGGUGCGAAAAACAUACUGUGGGGACCAAUCUUGAGCUAGGUCCAAAGGAAGAUAUCCUGAAGCUCACAUUGAAUGUGCUCUGUGCAGCCGGUUUUGGGGUGCAGUUGCCUUUUCAAGCAACUUCGAAUGCUAAUGAUAGCAGUGUGUCAGCCAUGUUCCGCGACACCGUACACCCACUUCCAGGCUUUCACUUCACGUUGCGUGCCGUCAUGGAGUACAUGAUGGGUCACUGGAAUUCGAUUUUCAUGGCCAAUACAAUGCUCCCUACAUGGAUGCCUCGCGCACUGGUUCCUUUCUUCAAGGAUGACUUUGCCGCCUACGAUGACCUGGGGAAGUACAUGAAAGCCAUGAUCGCACAGGCCAAUCGAGAUGUACCCAAGGAAGGGCUCAGUGCACGAGGACAGAAUGUGCUGCAGGGCCUCGUUCGAGCGCAACACCUGGAAGAUGAUGAAGAUGCAUCGAAGAAGAGCUCGCUAAGCGAGAUUGAAGUGUUAGGGAAUACUCACAUCAUGAUGCUAGCCCACGAAAGCACUGGGGCAACCAUUCGUUUUGCUCUGGUAUUGUUGGCCCUGCACCAAGAUGUACAGGAAUGGAUGUACCGAGCGAUUUGCGACGCCAUAAGGGGCAAUUCUACCAACCCAAAUGAAUGGGACUACGCAACCGUGUAUCCUAAGUUGGUGGCACCUCUAUGUGUGAUGCUCGAGACAAUGCGAAUGGGAACCGUCAUGCUCCCUCCAGGCAGCCACGUCUGUUUGAACAUCACCAGUCUUCAUUACACUACCGAAUACUGGGGUCAUGAUGCUUCAACGUUUGACCCUUCUCGCUGGGACCGACAGAAUCGGGAUAGCUUCCUGGCACGGAAUGAGGAUCAACUUGGAAAUGUUGCCGCUGGCCUGGAGUAUCCAACGAUCCACAAACCAACCCGUGGAUCAUACGUCCCCUUCAGCGACGGCCUGCGUGCGUGCUUGGGCAAGAAAUUCGCCCAAGUUGAGUUUGUUGCCUUCCUCGCUGUGAUAUUUUCUCGAUACAAGGUGGAUUUUGCUUCUGCGGCUGGACAGAAGAAGGAAGCACAUGAAAAAGCAAAGAAGGCGUUGGAGGAGAGUAUUUGCGCUGCUUUGGCAUUAGACAUGACGGUUGAUAUUCCUCUGGCUUUCAUCCCAAGAGAUGAGGUGAGGGGUUGA